AGUGCCGGCCGAUGACUUCGUAGAACGGGGCUUCUCCGGCGUUCCAGCCAUGGCGGCGGUCAUGAAUUUUGCCCGCGAGGAGACGGACCCCCUCACCCUGCCAGAAGGCCCCCGGGGCCCUUGGGCUCAAGGCGGGAAGCAGCACGCGAAUCCAGUUGAGGCUGUCCCGGUGAUUCUCUGGGAGCGACCUGCCAAGCCUGCAGGGUGGUCGGCCAUGUGGGAGGUCUUGCCGCCACCGCCUCCGCCGCCGCCGGGGGAAGACGGGGUGUGGAUCUGGGUGCCAGAGGGGGAGGAGGCGCCCCUAGGGGGCCUCGUGCCCCACGAGGGCGCCUUCUUGCCCUGCGCGGAGGUGGACGAGUUUCCAGAUCUGCCAGGCGCACCCCACGAUACCUUCCCCCAGGUCUGCGCUCAGGCGCUGUCAGAAGGCCGAAGGCUUGGAGGAAUCACUGAGCAUCAGGCGUUCCCAGAGCCGACAAAGGUGCAGGUGCCGGAGUCUGAUGUCCGCACGUCGUAUCCUCCAACCAGUGGUCUGCAAGAUGCCAAAGAUGCGCUUGCUGCAACCAUGCCGGAUGGCCCGCCCUGGCCUGUGGGCACCUCGCCUAUGUCAACCCUUCACUGGCUGGAGAACGUCCAGGUGCCAAGGAACAUGACUUCCGGCAGCCAAAAGGAUUUUGGCACUCACGUGGGUGCCCACACGGGUCCCAGCCAGGUGGGUGGCCAGAUGGGUCCUAGCCAGAUGGAUUUUGUCAGCCAGAAAGGUUUCGGCAGCCAGGUGGGUGGUGGCCACACGGGUCCCAGCAGCCAGGUGGGUGGCGGCCAGAUGGAUUUCGGCAGCCACAUGGGUCCCAGCAGCCAGGUGGGUGGCGGCCAUAUGGAUUUUGGCAGCCAGAAAGGUUUCGGCAGCCAGGUGGGUGGCCAGAUGGGUCCUGGCAGCCAUAUGAAUUUUGACAGCCAGGUGAGUGGUGGUGGUGGUCAGAGCCAUGCUCCCACCAACCCAAUGGGCCCAAGCAGCCAGAUGCAUGGCCAUAGCGGCCAGAUGCACCCCAGCCAGAUCCAGGGCCGUAGCCAGAUUGGCCAGAUGAGGACUGGCAGCCAGAUCAGCAAUCCUGGUGCGGGGGGUCCGUGUGGUCCUCCGCGACCUGGCAGUCAGAGCGGUCAGGCAAACGUCUCCACUGAAGCCCCUGCACAGGUUUGGAACCCCUUCCCAUCCGAGAGCCCUGCUCAUGAGCCCACGGAGCAGGCGUGGAACCCUUGGGCCAGCGGCGAUGGCGACGGCCCGUUUUGGGGAAGCAGAUCCGAGACCCCCAGGCGGCUAAUCGGCGACGUCGGAGCCUUCAACUCGGAUGAUUGGAGGUCGCGCUCAGCGCUGCCCAGUGCGAGAAGCAUCCCGAUGUCUGCACGCUCCCUGCAAGCCUCUUCACGCAACAUCGAUUGGACGCCUUCAGCGCCAAACGUGUACGGCGUCGACGGGGACAACUUCAAGGACCAAUCCCUGGAGAGCACCUCAUUUUGGCAGGUGCCGCCUGUCAUGGCCGCCCCGUCUGGCAGGUCAGCUUCUGCGUGUGCACCCGCCCCGCAGCCAUUUGGCAGCCAG